CCACCACCUCCUCUCACGACCCCUCUCGAGCAAUCUCACUGGCCCUUCCUCUAUUUGACCCAGAAGCAGUCGAUCUGUAACAUCCUCAUCGCUUGUACUCCCAACGCGCCGGCCUCGACCGAAUGUGCGACUCCGCGUCCUUUCCUCAUCCCGGACUCCAUGCGUUCAGCUAGCGACCCAUUGGACGACAAAGGCCCUCAAUUGUUGGAGGACGGUUGCGCAGCGUACGUUGGGUGUCAGCGUCCUGCAACGUAACAACCCCGCAUCCUCUCAUCGUCUCAUCGGUUUCUGUGUCUCGGCUCGUCUGUCUGCAUCUCCUGUAGCGACCUCGUUUGAGCGCCGCUGCUGCCGGUUCCGUCGUGCGUGGUUGGAAAAAAGAUGGAGCCGGAAAGUUCCAACGGGUUCAAACGGAACUCCAUCCACGGAAUAUAUAGUCGUCCUGUGGAACGGCGCCCGAGCAAAAAGUCUUCCUCUAAGGACCGGCAUGGGAUGGUCUAUCCAGAGAGUUUCAGAGAUAAAGGCAUUCGCACAGUGACCCCGGACCCCGAGGCGGGGAAUCACUCCCCCUCGUCCGAAGCGGAACAUCUGGCUUCAAGUGCGGCCCCCUCCCCUCGCGCUGCCGCCCGUACACGAGCCUCCGAUCGCGAAGCCCGUCGCGAAUUUUACUCGCGCCAUUCGGCCGGUGACGAAGACGAGCCGCCGCUGGAAGUGAAGACCCAACGGGCGCGGUCACGGACCACCAACUUGGACGAUCAGCGCAGUGAGCUCUCCAGCAAUAAUUUUUUUAGAUCCCGGAAUCGUCUGGGCUCCAUCAACACCGCAACAUCCCAACCUAGAACCCCCGACGAUCAAACGACGUCGAUCGGGUUCCCGUCAAUACAAUCGCCCACUUACCUUAGCCAUACCCUUGGUCGGCAGCGAUCAAGCAAGCCUCCCGGAAGCUCGAAUUUGGUAACGAGCGUGUCGGCCAAUCAAACAACAUCCCCGCUGUCGAGUACCGAUGCAUCCAAAAUCCUGCAGCUUAUGAAAACAACUUGUGGAAGGAUGCACGGCAUUCUUUCGUUUCGGACUGCAUCUACGACCGCUUGGUCAUCGGGCUAUUGCGCCAUUAAUGUUGCCACGGGAAGCUUGAUAUACCAAGCUAAAGGAGAGCCCGCAUUGGCCAAAACACUGAUCCCCGAUCUUCGUGGCUGUCAGGUUCGCACCUUGGUCGAUCCCGAGACCCGUACCAACUAUCUCAGUGUAUCAACCUUUACUUCUGGUCUAGGGGUGGAGCUGAAACCUCACGUCAGCGAAACAUUUGAUUCGUGGUUAGCUGCGCUGUUAUGCUGGCAGCCGAUCCGACCCAAAGGUGUUCAAAAUAAGAUGACGAAACCACAAUCGGUGGUCAUCGGUGAUCGCCGCCUGGUUGAACGUAGGAGAAACUCGGAGAGCACUGUUCAGAAGGAGGCAGCAAUCAUCAAGGUGGGUAAAAUGCUCCUCUGGGAUAGGCCGAGUGCCUCUGGCGUUCGACCAUCGUCAGGGCGUCGGGUUUCCACCUACAGACAGCAAAGGGCACUUUCUGCGUCUUGGCUACGCGUAAGCUGCACGCUGCAGGAAAACGGCGCUUUCAAGCUAUACACGGAGUCAGACAUCACUCUGGUCGCUUGCAUUCAAUUGUCGCAACUCUCCCGCUGUGCAGUACAACAACUGCACUCAUCCGUCUUGGAAGAUGAAUUCUGCAUUGCAAUAUACCCGCAGUAUGCAGUACAUUCUGCUUCGGGCCUAACGCGCCCAGUAUAUUUAGCUCUUGAAAGCCGCGUUCUGUUCGAGGUGUGGUUCGUCCUUUUGCGCGCGUUCACGAUCCCAGAGCUUUACGGCCCUGAAACGCCAGUAGAGGAAGAGUCUCCGAAGACUCCAGGAACAAGCGAGACCAAUGUCGCUUCUACCGCGGACAUGUUCCGAAUCGAGAGAGUACUUGAUGUAAGAGUAACGGAAGCUAAGCUAUAUCGCUGCAGAACCGCGGAAAAGACUCCCCGCAGUCGAAAGCAGUCCCGGUCUCAUAGCAACUCGGCCCCCGCCUCUGCAGUGAGUGAUUACUAUACCGAAGUUCUCCUGGAUGGCGAGAUUCGGGCGAAAUCUGCCGUCAAAUACCGCACAGCAAACCCUUUCUGGCGAGAAGACUUCACUUUCAGUGACCUCCCACCCGUUCUGUCACAAGUCUCCAUUCUUGUCAAGACGAUCAACUCGACCCAGAAGGAUUGGUCACUGAUCUCGCAUGGCUCUUAUGCCCUCGGUCAUGAUUCGAACCCUCUGCGCGCAUUGGAUGACGUAGAACUCGCUUCUCAUGAUGCCACGUUUGGCAGGGUUGACUUGAAACUAGAUGACCUGCAGCCAGGGGUGGAAACCGAAAAAUGGUGGCCAAUCCUGGACGACAAAGAUCAACCUGUGGGUGAAAUGCUCAUGAGGGCUCGGAUGGAAGAGACUGUUGUGCUCAUGUCGCAAGAAUAUACCCCGAUGUCUGAACUUCUUCAUUCCUUCACCAAUGGUCUCACGAUAAAUAUGGCUCAAGUCAUGUCAUCCGAACUUAAUCAGCUUUCGGAAGCGCUUUUGAACAUUUACCAGGUUUCAGGGACGACCGUCGAAUGGAUAUCAGCCCUAGUAGAGGACGAGAUCGACGGGGUGCAUAAAGAGUCGACCGUAAGUCGACUACGAUACACGUCGAGAAUCCAUUCCAACGACGCACGGGAAUCAGCCCAGGACCGGGAAGUCCUCGUCAGAGACUUGGGCCGAACUGCUACUGUGGAAGCAAACCUUCUCUUCCGCGGCAAUUCACUUCUGACUAAGGCACUCGAUUAUCAUAUGCGUCGACUCGGGAAGGAGUACCUAGAAGAGACGAUUGGAGAGCGACUUCGCGAGAUUGAUGAGACUGAUCCAGACUGCGAGGUCGAUCCGUCUCGUGUACAUCGUUCUGAUGACCUCGACCGUAACUGGAGGAAUUUGAUUGCUCUAAGCAAUGGGGUCUGGAAGUCGAUUGCGGCCUCGCCCUCCAGAUGUCCGGCCGAAUUGAGACUCAUUUUCCGCCAUAUCAGGGCGUGCGCGGAGGACCGAUACGGCGACUUCCUUCGAACUGUCACGUACAGCAGUGUUUCCGGAUUCCUAUUCUUGCGAUUCUUCUGCCCGGCAAUCCUUAACCCGAAGCUCUUUGGAUUGCUGAAAGAUCACCCGCGCCCUCGUGCUCAACGUACUUUAACCCUGAUAGCGAAGGCUCUGCAAGGCUUAGCCAAUAUGACUACUUUUGGCAGUAAAGAACCUUGGAUGGAGCCCAUGAACAAGUUCCUGAACACUAACCGGUCCGAUUUCAAACAAUUCGUGGAUUCGAUCUGCGCGAUUCCUGCUGACCGUCCGGCGCCGAUCGUGACUCCCUCUUACGCCACGCCCAUUCAGAUUCUGGGCCGUUUGCCCCCAACCUCACGCGAAGGGUUCCCCAGUCUACCUUUUCUGAUUGAUCAUGCGCGAAGCUUUGCCAAUCUGAUAAGCAUCUGGCUGGACUCGGCACCAGAGAGGCUGAACGAGUUGGAGGAGGUCGACUCUGCUGUCAGCAAGUUCCAUGAGCUAGCCCUCCGGCUCCAUCAACGGACAAAGGAUUGCAUGAGCCGAGCCGAGCAAGCUGAGCGUCCAAGCGGAAACCUUGAAGUCAAAUGGGAAGAAUUGAUUGACUCAAUGGAGCGGUCCGCGACCUUCUACGACGACAGUUCUAAGCCCACCAGCCCGACGACGGAGGCGGCCGUGGCGGGAUCUACCUCGGUGACGGGCAGUCAUCGCAAUUCAAUCGGCUAUUUCACUUCACGGCCGUCCCUCCCGCGUCGAUCAACUGAUCGCCCCCCUGAGGGUGAUGAGGAUACGCCACCCAGUUCUUCAUCUGCGACGUGGGAUCAGAGUCGAGUGCCCUUCACAAUCCCUCGGUGGGCUGAUCCGCGGGAUAGUACCGGCAGCUCAAAAAACUCCUCGACAUAUUCCCUCGACCAGGAGCCGUCCAGAUCUAGACGCUCCAGUAUUACAAGGGAGACUACAAGCAAAUAUCGUUUCUUUGACUUUGUCCCCGCCACCUCUCGACGCAAAGCCAAAGAUCGAGAUCAAGCCCAACAGCAGUCCCGUGAAGAACAACGGAGUGAGACAUGAGUAUAAAAGCGUCUUCAUAGGCCCGAACAUCUACGCUUCGACGUUCAUGAUGACUAUGGCGACCAGGAGCGGCCUGGUUGAUACAUGGGCUUCCCAACAAUAGCCUUGUGACG